AUGGUUGUCGUUAUUCAUGUAAAGUCAGAUGACGUACUCACUCGAAAUACAUUGCGUAGAACAUACGGAGAUAAACGACUGGUGGAAAAAUUCAGUUACAGUCUUCUCUUUUCCGUCGGCAGGGCGGGAGGCCCAGAGGAACAAGAGCUCUUGAGAGAGGAAGCUCGACUUAAUGGAGACAUUCUUCAGACAGACGUUGUCGAUGCUUACAGAAAGUUAACAUACAAGAAUUUUAUACAUGAUAGCGAACGGAAGAAGAGUCUUUCUGACAGAAAGCAGUAG